AUGCUUGUAAUCUGUGAGAAACAUGAUGUUUGGGUUUUGGGUUUUAACCUCGAGGUCAAAGCUGCUUCGAAUGAUGGGAAUUUCGAUUUCCAGUCCAUGUUGAUCAGAAAAUUACCAAAUGUAGAAUUUAUAUUUG